AUGCCUUCGUUCAUCAAGACUGUUGCAGCCAUCGCUGUGCUGGCCACUGCUGUCGUUGCCCAGUCUGACACUACACCUGUCACCGGCAAGCUAGGUGACGCUCCUCUUCAGAGCAGCAACCCCGCCGGUGUCGCUUACAUUGCCACCUUUACCUCCAACAGCAAGAGCAACAUCUCGGGCAAUGUUCUCGCUUUGACCAGCUCCGACGACGUCGGUGUCAACUUCCAGAUCGCCCUGACCGGUCUUCCCGCUGAGGGUGGACCCUUCCUCUACCACAUCCACGACUACCCCGUCCCUGCCGACGGUAACUGCACUGCUACUGGUGCUCACGUCGACCCCUACGUCCGCGGCGAGACCCCCGUCUGCGACGCUUCCUCGCCUGCUACCUGCCAGGUCGGUGAUCUCUCGGGCAAGCACGGAAAGCCUACCAACGAGACCUUCUCGGCCACCUACGUUGACAAGUACGUUUCUACCGUCCCUGGCCAGGGUGCCUUCAUGGGCAACCGCUCGAUCGUUGUCCACUACGCCAAUAAGACCCGCAUUGCUUGCGCCAACUUUGUCGACUACACCAAUGGUACUGCCGGCACAAACACUACCACUUCCACCAACGGCACUAUCGUCUCGGGCUCUUCCACCCGCACUGCUUCUUCUCAGACCGGUCCUGCCACCUCUGGCAGCGCCUCCAAGACCAGCGGCGCCGCCAGCUCAUCUUCCAGCGCUGCCGCUAGCACCGGCGCCGCCUCUCAGCUGUCCGUCAACGGUGCCUUGGUCGCUGCUGUCGGUGGUCUUGCUCUAUUCGUUAUCUAA